AUGACAUUUGAGCUGCCAUCAGCUAGCCUUCGUAUGAGCAAUAUCAAUGAGAAUUCCAAUAUCCUCAUCGGUCCUGAGGGCUUAUCUCUUCCCAUCACAGAGCACAUUCAUGCAACCGAUGGACUUCUCGCGCUUGGUGGCCUCGGUGGUAUUGUCGCCCUGAGAGGAUUCGAGGGUCGAUUCGAAGCGGUCGAGCACUUUAAAGAGAACCGGCUCAGAUUUCCCGCUCAUCAAGUCACAUUUGACAUGGGACCCGAUAAUGUCACAAAAUUUGGAGCGUGGAAAGGAUUGGCUUGGACAUUAAGGAUGACAUUGAUGAGUUCGAAAAGGGCUGAUGGCAAGUUGGGCGUUGGGUGGACAUGUCCUCGGAAGAGAGCCAUUGCUAAAGAUCAAACCUCAAUACAUGCAUCAAGAUUGCGAUCGAUCUUACGGGUAAAAAAUUGA